AUGGCAUUAAAUCUCGCGGUUGAGCUCACCGCGCCAAAUGGCGUCAAGUAUUCUCAGCCAACAGGACUGUUCAUCAACAAUCAAUGGGUUGCUUCAUCAAAUGGCGAGAAACUUACCACUCUUAACCCAGCAAACGAUCAACAAAUCACAUCAGUCUCUGCUGCCACAGAGCAAGAUGUUGAUACCGCUGUCAAAUCUGCUCGAAAAGCUCUCCAAGAUUCCAGUUGGUGCGACCUCUGCGUAUCAGAGAGGGGAAAGCUCAUCAAUCGCUUGGCCGAUCUGAUCGAAGAGCACCGAGAAACCAUUGCCGCCAUUGAGACCUGGGACAAUGGCAAGCCGUACACGGCGGCCCUCAAUGAAGAUAUCGCUGAAGUCGUCCAGACGUUGCGGUAUUACGGCGGAUUUUCAGAUAAGAUCUUUGGUCAGGUCAUCGAGACCACGCCCGGAAAACUCGCCUAUACGAUCCGCGACCCGGUUGGGGUCUGUGGACAAAUCAUUCCUUUUAGCUGGAACUACCCGCUCGCUAUGGCCGCCUGGAAGUUGGGACCCGCCCUCGCAUGCGGAAACACAGUAGUUCUGAAACCCGCAGAGCAGACACCGCUGUCGAUUCUCUACCUUGCCAAUCUUAUCCCCCAAGCUGGCUUCCCUCCCGGUGUCAUCAAUGUAUUGAACGGCUUAGGCCGAGUUGCUGGCGCCGCGUUGGCCGCACACGAAGACGUGGAUAAAAUUGCCUUUACCGGUUCCACUGCCACCGGAAAAGUGAUAAUGAAACUGGCAAGCAGCAAUUUGAAAAGCAUCACAUUGGAAACGGGUGGAAAGAGCCCGUUGAUUGUCUUUGACGAUGCCGACUUGGACCUGGCGUCGUACUGGGCUCAUGCUGGUAUCAUGUCGAACCAAGGGCAGAUCUGCACCGCCACCUCGCGUAUCCUGGUCCAAGACGGCAUAUAUGAUCAGUUCUUGGCCAAAUUUCUCGAGCAGGUCCGUGCAAUCUCCAAGGUUGGCGACCCUUUCGACGAGUCUACCUACCAGGGACCGCAAAUUACAAAAGCCCAGCAGGAAAGAAUUGUCGAGUACGUCAAGAUUGGACAAGACGAAGGAGCUAGACUCGAGCUGGGGGGCCAAACCCUUCCAAACUUGGGCAACGGGUACUUUGUGCAGCCUACAGUCUUCACCGCAGUCACGGAGAGCAUGAGGGUCUUCCAGGAAGAGGUCUUUGGACCGUUUGUCGUCAUCACACGCUUCAGCACGGAAAAAGAGGCCGUUCAACUAGCCAAUGGAACCAUAUACGGUCUAGGCAGUGCCAUAUUCACAUCCAACUUGGCACGGGCACAUCGAACAGCAAGGAAGAUUGAGGCUGGUAUGGUCUGGAUUAAUUCCAGCCAAGAUUCAGACUGGAGAAUUCCUUUUGGUGGGGUGAAGCAGAGUGGUAUUGGAAGAGAGCUUGGGGAGGCGGGCUUGGCUGCUUAUUCAAACAUCAAAGCUGUUCAUGUGAACUUGAAUUCGUAA